AUGAGUGGAAGAGAUUUUCAUUUUUAUAGAAGAAGGAAUAAAUAUCCUAGACAAGAAUCUUAUAACGAGUAGUAAUCAACACCAAAUUUCGUUGAAGAUGGUUCUUUCGUAGGAACUUUAGAAAGAAAAAUUCAAUAUUAAAAUAAUACAAUAAAUAAUCUUAUAUAAGCUUUUGAAGAUACAAGAUUGGAAUAACAAAGACAGAUUCAAUAUAUAGAAAGAUUAAAGUAAGCAGAAGAACAGAAAUAUAGUAUCUAAAUUUUAGAAGAACUAAAGACAUUAAAAUAGAAGAUUAAAAAAAUUGAAUAAAGCCCACCUAUUUAAUAAUCUUCCCCUUAAAUGUAUCAAUAACCUUUUCUUCCUCCUUUGCCGAGUUAAUUUUAAUAAGGUUAUAUUCCUUAAUAAUAUAAUUAUUCUUAAAUUCCUUACUUAUAGAAUCCAUUUCAUCAAUAAAGCCAACCUAUUCAACCUUAAUUUUAAAAUAAUUAGUAAUAAUUAAGACCGAAAAGACCUAAAGAAAUGGAUACUUUACAUAAAUUUUUAUUAAGAAUGCUUCAUGAAAAAGACCUAUAAAAAAAUAAAGAAAAAAAACCUUAAGAAAAUUAAGAAGUACGUUAUGUGACUGAUAUAGAAUCUUCUUAAAAUUACUCUUCUAAAAGAUAAACUCUUUAAUCACCCUUAAUAAAAUCAAGAUAGAAAAGGAGAUCAUAGAAACAAAAAGGUAGUAUUUAAUCUGGGCCAUCUGAAAAUUCAUAAACAAUCAUUAGAAAACAAUCUUAAUUAUCUUAAUAAUUAUCAUUAUUAGGUUCAGGCUCAUAAAAACCAUCAUAAAAAAAGUUAGUAAUAACUCAGUAAAGAUUGAAAAUAUUAAUGAGAAAAUUUAGAGGAGCAGUAAGAUAUUUUUGGGUAGCAUUAACAUAUUUAAAAUUUUGUAAAAAAAUUUGGAAUUCUAAAUUGAUCUCUUUUAAAGAAUAUUCUUAAGAAUAGAUUGGAUAAUAUGAUACUUAAUUUGUAAUAAUAAUACAAUUAUCAUUUAUAGAACUAUUUGUUAAUUAUUUCUUAAUUUUAUAGAGAAUGUACAUUAAAGAAAUAAUUAGAUAAAUCAUGGAUAUUUACUUAAACUUUAGAUAUAUAAGCUAGAUGCUAGACUAUGCUUAGUGUAUUGGAGAUAUUUUUUAGAUAUUUAAUAGUUUAACCAUUAGAUUUCACUAAAGAACAUCUUGAAUUUAUGCGUAAAUUUUCACUUCCAAAAGGAUAUCUUUUAAUUGGGCAUAGCAAAUAUGUAACAAGUAGAAUCAAUUUAAGACCAAAUAAUACAUUAAAGUAAGUUUAAAUUAGAAUAUUUAGUAUUGAAACACCUGAAUAAUCAUAAAUGUUACUUAUGGAGUAUUCAUUUAUUUAAAUAUUAUUGCCAUAAAUAGUUGAGGCUGAUUUCUGGAAAAAACUAGUAAACUAUAAAGAAGCCUUAAAAGUUUUUGUAUCAGUGCUUCAUUUUUUAUUUAUUGAUAGAUUUUACAAUUUACCACUUAGUAAAUAAUAAUUACCUUUUAAUGUACAUUUAUAAAAUACUAUUUAAGAAAGAAUAUGUUCCUUUAUUUGAUUUCACAAGAAAUCCAGUUGAAGGAUUUUAUAUAUUAAUUGAUUCUAAUCAUCCAUCAUAUGUUGAAUCAAAGGAAGAAGUGAUUUUAGGAUUGCAUUCAAAGGCUCAGUUGCAACCUUUAAUUUUACAUGUUGGAUUUAAGAAGGUCCAAGAAAAUUUCAAAUAAUAUUGUGAUUUAAUUUAUUCUUUAAUAAAAUGA